CUUUGAAUAUAGAAUAUUCGUAUUUACAUUAUAUUUACAAUAUAGAACAAGAAUGUGGCGCCACCGCGUGACAUUUUUAAGUUCUGACAAAUGUCAUAAUUGUACCUUUGUGCAAAACAUUGAAGAGUAAAUCCAGACCGAAUUUCCAAUUAAAAUGGCUGCGAAAGUUGAUCUAAUGCAAAUUGCAUCAGAGGAUUUUGUCGAGUCUGAAUCAAAGAUAUUGGAAGACACGAGUUUGGUAACACAAAAAGAUGCAAAUCAUCGUACAAUUUUGCAUUGGGCAGCGGUGAUGGGAAAGGAACGCUUGGUGGAAUUCUUGUUGAAAUUUAAAGAUUCCCCAUUUGAUGAGCCUGACGAUACCGAUGCGACACCACUAAUUUUGGCCACACUGAAGGGAUCAUUGCCGAUUUGCCGAAUGCUCAUCGAUCGUGGAGCCAAUGUUAACCAUCGAAAUUCGAAUGGCCAUACACCCAUUAAAUAUGCCGGUUCGAAAAACCAUAAAGAUCUGUUGUCGUAUUUACUUGAUCAUGGUGGCGAUCCAAAUGUACGAGACCAUAUAGGUGACACACCGUUGCAUCGGGUUGCUUCGAUGGAACAUCACGAAUGUCUUCGUAUUUUAUUGACACACCCCAAAUCAAGUCCAAUAAUUUUGAUCAACGCACAAAAUAAUCUGGGUAAUACUCCACUUCAUUUGGCCUGCGAAGGAGAUGACGCAACCGGUGCCAUUUUGCUCAUCGAUGCAGGGGCAUCAACGGAAAUCUGUAAUAAAGAAAAAGCCAGCCCACUCGAUGUGUGCAAACCACCGCUUAGACGAAAAUUGAUGGAACACAAAAAUAAAACUACCGCCAAUUGAAUGUUUACACUUUGUUGUUUACACACAUUAAAAUAAAUUGUUGAUGCCUAAAGGGACAAAAAUAUCAAAA